AUGGGUUACGUUCUGAGAGUGAGAUUGGCAUCGUUUUUCGGCGGAGCUGCGGUGGCGUCCUUUCUUGGGCUCUAUAUCCUUCACAAUGAUUACAAGGUUGCCCACCAGGCUAUUUCUCAACAGGUGAGAGGCCUCCAUGAGUCAUUGGAUAGACGAAUUUCAACUCUCGAAAGUUUAAAACAAACUGAAGCUCCACAACCUGCAGAAGCAGCUGAAUAG